UUUUUUCUUUCGUUUAGAAAAAUUUUUAUUUCACUCUAAGACACGAGCACGACGGCUGCUGGUUGCCCUUGCCUCUAUAAUUACUAAUUAAAUUAAUUAGGUCGCGUCUUCUGCCAGAUAUCACAUCGCGCUGUCUCUUUCGAUUUAGGCCAGUUGUUGAAAAGGGUCUUUUUCGAUUUAGACCAGUUGUUGUUGAAAAGGGAGUUUUAUUUAUUAGACAGAGUCUACUUGCCGAUCUUGAGGAAAUAGAUACCGAAAAAAUGCCUCCUCGUCCAACCAGCCGUGGUACUAGUCGAGGCGGGAGUCGUCCCGGGUCUCGUUCAUCCAAGGGUCGUCCCGGCACCGGAUCUUCUAAGCCCUCUACGCCUAAGGUUGAUCUCGGAGAAGUGACCGGAGCCGGACCGAAGAAGGAGAGGGUUUAUCGACCAGGCUGUGCAUCGCACAUGGAAGCACCACAGCCAUGGCAGAAGCUCGUGCUCGAGCUAACCCCCGGACAACAGCGUGAGCGAUAUAAUCGCAAAGAAGUAGCCGAGGGCGCACGAGUCUCUGCGGCGAAGGGGCAACGGGUGACCGAAUUAGGAGGUGCGGAAGCAGAAGCGGACAAAUUGGAAGAGUUGGAGCGUGAAUUUGCAGCAAGAGGACCACAAGAUAUAUUGGACUUGGCCAAGAACACGCGAGAUGUUUGCACCGCGUAUCCUUUUUCCAAAAUCGGCAGUCCGAACCGUGCUGGUGCCAGUCUUUCCGCCAACUAUUCUCCUCCACAACCACGCUCUCCCUUCCGACACAUGGAAUACUCACCUUUCGAGAAUCGCGGAAGUUGUGCAGUGCUAGGUCUGCAUCCAGGCGCACACGCUUAUGAUACUAGGAGUCCGAAGAACGCCUUCUACACGCCAGACUACAAAACCUCAGGUUGCAAGGAUUCCGACUAUCAAUUGACUGGGGACUACACGGGAGCAUUGUCGGAUAAGACCAUAAAGUACUUCCGGGAGGCGGGUCAGAGUCCUUACAUGCCGCAUCGGGCUUCGGCGGACUUCUACAGAAGUAACGCGGGAGAUAAGAGGAAGGAUGAGUACUUAUCUACUUAUAAUAUUAGUACAUUUUUCGACUGAUGAAGUUGUGCAACUGCAAGUUGCUUUUGCUAACGCAUGAUCAGCUCUCAUUAUUUUUCAGGGCGGUUGUAGUAAAUCGCUCCCUACUUUUUUCGCUUGAUACCUAGUGUUUCAUUGGAGGGUGUACAUGUGACUGUGAAGAUGUUUUUAUUUCUCUUUUCGCAAAGUCUUCAACAAUCAACAGGUUGCUUUCUCCCGUCUCUUGCUAUUCUCGGCUCUUCGAGAAUGACGAUCCUCACGCUUCUCUGCCUGAAUCCGAGCAGCAGAAACAAGUGCACCUCGCUCGCCAGCGCGAAACUCAAGACUUUCUCCAAAGUAAGUACCGCAAGGGCGUUGUUCAGCAGCAAGCACAGCAGACAGCGGCAAUCGCUGCACAGAGACUCGAGGAUAUUCAAGCGAAGGCGGCAGAAAAGAAGAGGCUGGCUGAUAUGGAGUUCGCGGUCAAUGCUAGUCGAAGACAGGAGAUUUUGGACCGCCGACCCCCAUGGAAAGAACCAGAACCAAGUCCGGGACCAGGUAGUUUUUACGAAAUAAGGGUCAAUAUGUUGAACAUUAGACUGUAAUUGUAGAUUUAAGUACUAUUAUUAUUUCUUCUAUAACUGGUUGUACUGGUGAAUACUUACUUAAAUAAUACUUCUGUCUGUAAUACUUACUUCUGAUGUGCAGCUGGAAAAACUUCUUGAUCAUCAGAUGAAUGUGGUAGUUGGAACCAACAUCAAAUUAUCCCGAAGAUCAAUUAGGGGUUUAAGAACUCUCAUCUCAUCAAUUAAUAGGGUAUGAUGAAGUUUCCAUUUUUACAGGCGAACGUCAUCCGGUCUUAUCGGAUCCCAACGAAGCUGGUGGUACUGUCAAGGAGUUAUUGUAUGGUAUCUACACCGAUGGUGGAAAAACGUUGCCACCACAUCUUGCCGCGGAUUGGCAAUCGCCGCUCCAUGGCAAUCGAACAAGAUUCGAGUACAUCAACCGAGAAUCUGGUCUGGUGUCGCCACCGCGGAGGUAAUCUUCUUGGGUUUCUUGCUCUUUUCUAUAACUUCUUACAUUCCAAAAUGAGGACACGCUCGUCGUGGUAGAGGAAGAGGAGAGGGCUCUUCUAGUACGAUAUUUCUGCGUUUAUUUCCCUUGUUUUUAGGCGGUUCCAAUUGCAAUUGCAAAAAUUUCACCUUCAAGUGGAUUACUUCUCAUGCACCAAAUAACCUGUUGUUCACAUCAGAUUCGCUUCCCUCUCCCCGAAGGAGAAGGACGUCCGCAAAAAGCUUGUUCGCAAGCUCCGCACUUUCGAACGCGCUGCAAGCGUUGAUGCCAUCAAUGCUUCAACUGGGUUUAUCAAGCGGAAGCGAACAGAUAUAUUGGUGCGUGAUGAAUUGGAUAAGUGGAUGCACGAUGCUGCAGGCUCUCCAGUGCCUAACUCCUUUUACGAUCUGAACGGAGGAGGAACCUUGUGGAAGUGA